AACGAUUGCCAGUAGACCGUGGACUAUAACGGAAAUUUAUAUUUUUGACGAUAUAAUUUAGAAAGUAGAAUCUUGGCGUAAAAUUGGUGUCACUUAGCAACUUAUAGAAAUCGCUUUUCUUCGAAGACGAAUCAACUUAUUACUUAACCUGAUACGAUAAAUACAUGCAACGUUAUCGCAUAAUACGUAAAGCGUAUGAUAUAAGUUAACUUAUGUGUAAAAUGUUCAGGUACAAGGGCAACGACCAUGUAAACGAAGAUUCUGCUAGAUUUAUCGACCAGGAAGAAAGAUCUAACUUGUACGAUGACUUCGAAUCGAAAGACGUGGUGAAAAGAGGAAUUUCCGGCUCUGAGGACUACGAAGAGAUGGACGACGACGCUCUUGCAGCUGCAGAAGACACUGCAGCCUUAGAAGACAAUGCAUCGGACGAAGAAACUGAUAAAAGAAAGGUGCACGGUGACGUUCGAGUGAAGAGGGACCACGAAAAUUCGAAAGAAACGGACAACGCCGAGGUUGCUGGGAAAGCAGCGAAUCCUGCAACGUCUAGCGAUCUGUCUAGCGAUCAAAAAACCGCAGAGACGUCCUUAAAACGAGACACCGCUACUGACAAGGAUAGCAAAGUAGCCGAGGCUCGAGUAAUCAAAGCUGACAAGGAUUCCAACGAUCAGUCGAAAAGGAACGUAGUUGACAAGAACGAGAAUGAAGCGUCGAAGAUCAAUUGCGAUCGCGAAACGGAUAAUUCGAAGCAGCCAUCGACGUCAAACGACCAAAAACCAACGAUCGAAGGCAGCGAAACUGCGAAAAUCCUGGCUCAAGGAAGCGAAGAGGCUACAGGAGACGCGAAAACGCGGGAAAUUAAUUUGUCCGGUAACAACAAGGCAGCCAACGAGUUGGUCGGUGACGCUUCUGGCGUUAAAGAAACCUCGAAAGCUGAGGAGUCGAAAAUUGCCGAUGUAGCCAGCAGCGCAGACGCGGCGAAAGUGGAAGUUGUGGCGAACGCGGCGGAAACAUCGGCUGCGGAUGAUUCUGAGAAAUUAGCGAAUUCGAAGAACGAAGCUGAGACUGCGGAACAGAUAGACGAAGACUAUCAGAAACGGGUGGAGGAGCAGAUCCAGCGAAAGAUCGAUUCGAUCAAAGAGCAGAUUAAACGAGAGAUCGAGGAGAAUCAGCGCCUUAAGGACAUCGAGGAGAAUAACGCGAGAUUCGACGAAUUGCGCGAAUUGGAAGAAGACGAGGAAGAACAGGCUCCGGAGGUCGCACUGACCGGAGAUGACGCGCCUAAGAGAUCUGUCGCGGAUAGAAAUUCCGGCAAGUCUCGGAUUCGUGAUAACGUGGAGAAACAGUCGAUAAAGAGGAAAAAGAGACAAGACAGCGGUCAGGAAAAGACGCGAGACGCUAGUGACUCGAGUUCGAAUAAAAAAUCUUGGCCGAGAACGGUGAAGAAGCGAUCGAUAAUGCAAUCGGAAACGAUACCAAAGAAACACGCGCGACAGGCGUUUUUGACGAGAACCGAUCGGAAGAAGAAGAGAAAAAGAAGAUCUAAAAAUUCUAUGUUGAUCCCGGAACAACGUAACGUCAAGCUGGAGGGAAGUCUACCGGCUGAUUACACGUUGGACUCGAACUUACGAGGGGCACUUGCUGAUGCAAAGGUGAAAGAAGGGCCGAGCGCGUCCAAGAUGACGGAAGACGAGAAGGCAGUGGCAGAACAGGGUUCUUUGUUAGAGAAAAGAUCCGAUUCCGUGGCGUCGCUAACGGGUAGUAACGAAGAAAUGGGGCCACUGGCGACGGAAUACGGGGAAGCUUUCGGCGGCUUGAAUGGAGAUCCAGGGAUGGCGUUAGCUAGAUUUAAAAGGAUCAAACGAGUCCUCAGACCUCCAGCUUCCAAGACCUAGCGCUAGAUUAAAAAAGGAUACGAAAUUUCACGCCGAUUCAAUUGACGUCGCGUACAGCGAUGUUAAUCGAAAGAUAUUCGAUGGAAAACAAUAUUAGCAAACGAUAGGUACAUUAAUUAGCUGUAGAGGUUCGUUUAUAGAGUACACGUAAGUCUAUUUAAGACUUGUCAAGAGCAGAGAAAUUUUGUAAGAAGACUAAGUGUUAAUGGUUGAUAGAGAAACAUUGGUUUUGGUAAUCGGUGCAUAUAAUCAGUCGUUGAUACAGUUCGGUAUUUCGAAUACCUUGGAAUACAAUGCGUUUCUAAUAUUCUUCUCGUACCGUAUCAUAUCAUUUUUUAAAACGGAAGUCACGUCGUGUGACGUACAGUUUCGCGCAUAGUUUCGAAUAUUUAAUCCUCAACCGAUGAAUAAACUGCACGCCCUGUUGCACCUUCGAUCCGAUUAAGUAGAACGAGUCGAUGCUGUUCAAACUUCCGUGCGCAAUUCUGUUAAAUAAUAAAGAAAAACACUUUGAGACAAGCGACGCGCGUCGUAGACGAGAUGUAGCAAUAAAAAUCAAAAUUCGUAUAUCGGAAUUUUAUUGAGAAAAAAGACAUAUAUAUAUAUUUGAAUUACCUGGACGAUCCACGUGGUUGGAUGGCGGCACUAAAGGAAAAGAGAGAAAGAAAGACAGGUGCCUAGGCAAAUACACAGAUAAACAUUCGUAAGACGUUCAAGAUUUAAUAACAAAGAUACGAUUAAACACGAAGAAGACACAUAGAUCGUUAACCUUCUUUUUGUGCGCUUACAUUACGGGGGAGACUUUUUGACUUUUAAACUUUCGGCAAACGAGUACCGACGUCUCCUACUUGUACCAUCCAUCUCUCCAUAUCACCGUUCUACUUUACAACAAUAUGAAACAAUUAUUUACACAUCGACGGGCAGAAGGACCACGGUGUCGUGUGAGAAAUCUUUCAAUGCGUUUUAUUCCUUUUUCCCUUUUUUCUGCUUUCUUUUCUUUUUGUUUCGUUUCGUUUCGUUUCGUACGUGCAUCGCGCCGACGUGCGCCGUCUUUAAAAUGCGCAGAGUUUUCUUUCAGCUAGCAACUCGAAAACGUACUGGAAAGUAUCAUCGAGAUCGACAUUUCACUACGAAUGUUACUAGCUAGCGAGAAGUUCGAUCUCGAUUCGCUCGUUUCGCGUUCUUGGCCGCGUUCGCUCGAUCGAUCGCGAUUAAAUUCACGCGAAUGAUUUUUUGAUAUCUUGGUCUCGUGUUUCGCAGAAAAAUCGCUAUCGUAGGCUCUGCGAACUGUUGGAAAAUAGACUUUGCAGAAAGGAUUGGAAAUAAAAAUUCUAUUAACCCUUUGACAGUGUAAUGAGGAAAUUUACCUUCAAAUCUCCUUUUUCGCAUUUCUGUGCCAUUUUGCAUAUUAAUUUACCAAUUAAUAAUAUCACUAAAUUAACCAGUUACAGAUUAGAGGCUGCACGCUUCGCUUUUACAAGUUUGUCAUGUUAUGUAAAAUUGGUUAACCGAAAGAUCUGCGAUUUAUGAAACUUAUUUGUAAAGCCUCGUUUGUCCUAUCGCCAAACUUGUUACUGUUACUCGAGAGAAAUAUGUAAGACAAUUUACAUAUUGUUUUAUCCAGGUAUAUUAAAACAACAAAUGUCUCGAAGAAGUCCACCAAGUAAACCAGAAAUGUAAAAAACCGUCCACGGUUUAAGGCGGAAGUUUUCUAUAACUAAUAUAAGGUCUAGGUGAAAGAAUAAUAAAAAGAAAUACUAAAUAAAUCCAUGAAGUUCCCUUUCGUAACCGUCACGUUAAAAAACAGGAAUUCAACGAUGUGAAUUAAUAAAAAAAAAAAGUUGUAAAUAAAAUGUUGCGUUAACGCAACAUUCGCCUUUUUGCGGUCUAAUUUACAGCGCUAUAUUUGACGAUUUGCCUGAAUCUCUCUCGAGCUACACCGUUAAAGGGUUGAUGGAGCAUCGCAGAGAAAGCGUGCUAACUUUCCAUCGCCAAAAACGAUUGGUUCGCGCGAGUUUAAACGCGAUACCGAGCGCGCAUCGCGCUCAAGCCUCCUUCGUCGCGUCUCUGGUCGCAGACUGACUUCGUGAAUUGGUCGUGCGAGAGCGUGUACAGCGCGCUGCCGAUCUUUAGUUAGAUAGAUUAAAGACGAACAUCAGUCUGACAAAAAAGGCUCGUUGGUGAAACGUUUCAGGCACCGAUCGUUACAAAAGUCGUCGCGCCGUCAUCCAGUCCUUUCUCGAUCCUGUUUCGUCGCGGGGCGAAAAGCCGUGGUCAAGCUCGCGUUGAUUUCCGAACGCGAUAUAAUUGAUAAAUCUCAAGCCAGGAAAAUUGACGUUUCUUCUUUUUGUUGCAAGCGUUUUGGAAGGUCGGCGUGGGUCGCGUGAUAAUUUCGCGGUAGGCGCGCAGUCGAGCAAGGACUAAAACGAGCGCAAAUGGUGAAAAUCCGAGCGUGAAAACGUUAUAGUAGGUGAGCGUAAGAAGGCGACGCGGUUGAAGACGAGACGAGGCGAAAAAAUCGUGGCUAAUCUUGUUAUAAGAUAAGAAACCGGAUCGUUCUGUGCGGUGGAUGUUUUUGUUCCGACGGAUGCUCUGCUUGGUACUUAGUGCAUGUCGAUAUUGAGACUUUCUUUUUAUUUAAAAAAAUCGAUGUCUGAGAAAUGGUGUUCACAAUAAUUAUGGUACAACAACGUAACGGCAUUACAGACUUAAAUAUGCGUUAUAUAUAUACACAUAUAUAUUAUAAUAUGUAUGUAUAUAUAUAAACAUAUACGUACACGUAUAUAUGUAUAUAUAUGCGUAAUAUUUAUAAUAAUAUAGGUAAUUCUCUUUACCACGAUAACAUGGCUAUAUACAAAUAUUACAAUGUUUCCUUCCUUCCGUUUCUCUUUCCUAAAAUCCUCGCAUGCGCGCGUUCGAUGCGACGAUCGAUCAGAGGUCGAGACGUUUCCCUACAUCCGCUGUGUGCAUUUCUCUCCUGUUGUUUCUCGUCGUCUUGUCAACCUUUUUAAACGCACGGGUCGCGACGAAAACGUAUCCUCGUUUCGGUUUCGGCGCGCUUGUCACGCAGACACCAGAUCUCCGUUUCUUACGACGAUAAA